GUGUCGUACCAGCCUACAAACAACUAAACUCCUAUUCACAUCGCGGGCAAAAUGAAGCACGCCCGUGUCACAGAACUUCCAGAGGAUUUUUGGAUCCCUGUCGCUUUGGACACAGACAACAUCACAGCUCUCAGCCCCUUCCUGGUUCCCCAGGACCAUCUAGCAAACCCAACCACCUACUAUAUAAUGGCAGUGUACAUGUUUUUAAUUUUUGUUAUGGGCACUUUCAUCAAUGCGCUCACCGUUGCAUGCACCGUUCAGUACAAGAAGCUUCGAUCCCACCUCAACUACAUCCUGGUGAACUUGGCCAUGGCGAACCUUCUUGUGGCCUGUGUGGGCUCCUUCACCGCCUGCUGCUCCUUUGCUUCAAGAUAUUUCAUCUUUGGCCCACUAGCAUGCAAGAUCGAAGGUUUUGUGGCAACACUCGGAGGUAUGGUAAGCCUGUGGUCUCUAGCUGUGGUAGCUUUUGAAAGAUGGCUGGUCAUCUGCAAGCCACUUGGCAACUUUAUUUUCAAGCCGGAUCAUGCUUUAGCAUGCUGCGGAUUCACCUGGGUGUUUGCACUGAUUGCCUCAGCUCCUCCGCUGUUUGGAUGGAGCAGGUACAUCCCAGAGGGCCUGCAGUGCUCCUGUGGACCGGACUGGUACACCACAGGCAACAAAUACAACAACGAAUCUUAUGUGAUGUUUCUCUUCGGUUUCUGCUUUGCUGUUCCACUCUCCACCAUUAUCUUCUGCUACUCACAGCUCCUUAUUACACUGAAAAUGGCAGCUAAGGCUCAAGCUGAGUCAGCCUCAACCCAGAAGGCAGAGAAGGAGGUGACCAGGAUGGUGGUCGUCAUGGUGCUGGGCUUCCUGGUGUGCUGGACACCCUACACCACAUUUGCCCUCUGGAUUGUGAACAAUCGCGGGCAGCCUUUCGACCUGAGAUUUGCUACAAUCCCGGCAAUCUUUUCCAAGUCCUCUACAGUCUACAACCCAAUUAUCUAUGUUCUCUUUAAUAAACAGUUCCGUUCUUGCAUGAUGAAGAUGCUGGGGAUGAGUGGAAGUGAGGAUGAAGAAUCAACCACACAGUCGGUCACCGAAGUCUCCAAAGUUGCGCCUGCUUAGACUGGAAAUCCAAGUUACCGUGUAUCCAGACGACUGCUAAACAGCUGACUGAGAAUUUGUGUAUUGUAAAUAUGUGCACAUGAUGAUGUGUUGGGCAAUAGAUUUCAUAGUUAUUGCACGUAUGGAAUGAUUUACACAUUUCUUUUGCAAAGCAAAUUUAAAAAAAAAAAAAGAAAUAAAAUCAUGUUCAGAC